AUGCGAGAACCCACCGGCCGAGGUCAGAGUCUGUUAUGCGGACGUAGGGAGACGACGAUGUACACCCUGCUAACGGCAUUGUUGACGCUGGUACUUGCCAACGUUGCUGAUGCGGUCAACUGCUCGACGUUGAACGACGGCGUGUAUGAGAAGAGUUGUCGUUCCUUCACUGUCUGUCAUGGCGGCAAACCGGAAGUGAAAUUCUGCCACAAUGGGCUGGUCUUCAACUCCGAGACUGGCAUCUGCGACAGCCCAAGUGCUGUAGCGCCUCCUUGUGGCGUGUCACGUGACUGUACUGGCAAGGACGACGGUGUUUACGUGGACGACGGGUGUCGCUCCUACUACACUUGCAUGGGGGAAGUCUUCUUCGGUCACGACCUCUGUCCUGAAAGCCUCGUCUACAACCAGGAACUGAAGACCUGCGACUGGCCGAACCACGUGGCACCACCUUGCGGGACGAGACACUGAUGAUAUUCAGAGUUACCUCGGAUUUUUAAACUAGGACGAAGACUUUCGAAUGUCUCGGCUUCUUUUGUUAGCACUGCCCAGUUCUAAUCUGUGCACAUGCUCAAAGACACGACAGUGUUGCGAUAACGGGAAGACAUAAGAUAAGAGUACAGACUUACUUGCAAAAGAAUUUUGACAUGCCUUAUCUUCCAGCGAGGUCAUCGAGAUCUUGCACUGUAGAUACUUAUUAUGCAACGACGAGGUGAUGGUAUUUGUAAUUUGUCGUUCUAAUAAAUAUUUUUGUUA